AUGGACUGUCCGCCAACUCGCCUGGUGCUCCCUGACGGUCGCCCGCUCGACCUGCACCUCACGUAUGCCAUCACGGUCGACGAGGCCCUUCGCCGCGCUCUGCCCUUUGCCAUCUCUUCCUCGCUCGCUUGCUCCGCUCUGCACCCCUCCUGCCACAUCUCCUUGCGCUCCGCCGACCGCGGCCUGCUGCGCGGCAGAUGGCGCGACCUUCCGCUCUCGCGGCACCUGCAGCUGGGGCGCACGUACCUGGUGGUGGUGGAGCGCGGGCCGCGCGGGGGGAGGCACAGCUUGCGGUACGACGGGCGCAACAUGGCGGAGCUGGUGGCGGCUGCGACGGCCGUGGAGCAUGCUGCAGGGGUCGACUUGGAGGCGCCGCACGAGGGCGGCUCGCCGCCCUUCUCGGACCCGCUGCAUGCAGCACUGCUAGCCGCCGCGCGUGACGCGGUCAUGUCAGGAAGCUCUGACGGCCGCCACCAGCCUCCACAUCCGCUAUGUCACCCACCAUCCGCGCAUCACCUCUCCCCUCGCUGCCAUCUUCCCCCGUACCUCUCUCCCGGCGCGCCCCUGGAUGUCGAGGGGCUUCUCGACUCCGGACAGCCUUCCCCGCCCGACGGACGUGCUCGGCGCGCAGCGGAGCUGACCAAUGAGAUGGCCGCACGCCUUGUAACUGCGGCGCGGAGAAUGUUGGAAGCGGGACAAUGGGACGCACCCCGCGGCGGCUGUGGCGCUAAAGACGCGGACGCGCGAGGGUAUGGCGCAGUGCUUGGCGGGGAAGGAGCAGGGAAUGAACAGGACGACGGCAGGGGUGAAAGAGAGGGUCCAACGGUGGACGACUUGAUGAUGUGGAUGGCGCACGGGGAGUCGCAAGCAAUAGGGCUAGGCGACGGCGAGAGCGACGAGGAGCAAGGCAACAAGGAGCGAGGCGAUGAGGAGGUGGAUGGUGAGGGGGAAGCGAAGGCUGCAUGGCGGAGGAACAUUGCGGAUUCGCGCACUCGCUGUGGUGUGCACGCGGACAUUGCGGCAGCACGUGCGGCAUACGUCAAGCGAGGAGGCCUGCUGGGAGCGUCAGCGAUGGACGGCAGCGCGGCAGAGGAGGGAGCAUCGUCCGGUGAGGCGCCAGGAGGGUUGGUUGACGAGCGCGACGGCGCGCGUGUGCAGCACGGCGAGGCCGCCAAAGGGAUGGUUUGGGGGGAAGUGCGCGCACUGGCCGGGGGAGGAGUCAAUGGGGAAGGGGCGGGCGUCAAGAGGAGCUGCGGUGAUGAGGGGGGGAAGGUGAUCGUAGCAGAGGAUGCACGCGAUGCGGCGGGCGGCAUGGCGGAGGAUACGCGGGACGGUGCGGAGGAGUGGGACAGCGACGCGGAUGCUUUCUCGCUCAGCCUGGGCCCCGACGGAGACGUACAGGCGGCGCCGCUCCGUACGGCGCGCGAAAAUGCGGAAGCGAGCGGGGAAGAGAUGAUGGCGCGCGGGCAGGUCCCGAUGAGUGCUAACCCGAGACGGCAGGACGGUGGGAAGGAAGGGGAUGAGGGGAGUGGGUUGGAGGAAAUGGUGAAGGGCGGGGAAGAGGUUGGUGGUGCCUUGGGGAGUGGGACAGCGGACGACGGGACACGGGAGGAUGGGGAGGUGAGAGGUGACGGAAAGAAUGCUCCUGUGGUGGAGGGCGCGGAGAUCUCGAAUGGAGGAGAUGAUGCGGAUGGCGCGAACGGUGCAGACAGUGCAGAUUGGAAUGACCCGGAGACGGACUCACGCAGUGUGCUUGUAGCGGUGGAGGAGGGCAGUGGUGACGUGGAGGGCAGUGGUGACGUGGAGGGCAGUGGUGACGUGGAGGGCAGUGGUGACGUGGAGGGCAGUGGUGACGUGGAGGGCAGUGGUGACGUGGAGGGCAGUGGUGACGUGGAGGGAAGUGAUGACGUGGAGGGAACCGAUGACGUGGAGGGAACCGAUGACGUGGAGGGAAGUGAUGACGUGGAGGGAAGUGGUGACGUGGAGAGCAGUGGUGACGUGGAGGGCAGUGGUGACGUGGAGGGCAGUGGUGACGUGGAGGGCAGUGGUGACGUGGAGGGCAGUGGUGACGUGGUGGGCAGUGGAGACGUGGAGGGCAGUGAUGACGUGGAGGGGAGUGAUGACGUGGAGGGAAGUGAUGACGUGGAGGACAGUGACGUGGAGGGCUGUGGUGACGUGGAGGGAAGUGGUGACGUGGAGGGAAGUGAUGACGUGGAGGCAUAUGGUGAUGUGGAGGGGACUAGACACGCGGAGGAAGGUGGUGGCGUGGGGUGGAGUGGGGUUGAAGAGAGUGGUGUCGUGGAGAACGGUGGUGAAGGUGGUGACGUGAAGGGGAGUGGUCACGUGGAGGAGAGUGACGAUGUGGAGGGGAGUGACGAGGGGAGUGACGAUGUGGAGGGGAGUGGUGCCGUGGAAGAGACUGGUGGCGUGGAGGAAGGAGGCGACGUGGAGAAGAGUGAUGACGUGGAGGGGAGUGGUGACGUGGAGGGUGGCGAAGUGGAGAAGCGUGGUGACGUGGAGGGGAGUGGUGGCAUGGAAGAGAAUGGUUGCGACGUGGAGGAGAGUAGUGACGUGGAGGAGAGUGGUGACGUGGAGGAGAGUGGUGACGUGGAGGAGAGUGGUGACGUGGAGGAGAGCGGUGACGUGGAGGAGAGCGGUGACGUGGAGGAGAGCGGUGACGUGGAGGAGAGCGGUGACGUGGAGGAGAGCGGUGACGUGGAGGAGAGCGGUGACGUGGAGGAGAGCGGUGACGUGGAGGAGAGUGGCGACGUGGAGGAGAGUGGCGACGUGGAGGAGAGUGGCGACGUGGAGGAGAGUGAUGACGUGGAGGAGAGUGAUGACGUGGAGGAGAGUGAUGACGUGGAGGAGAGUGAUGACGUGGAGGAGAGUGAUGACGUGGAGGAGAGUGAUGACGUGGAGGAGAGUGGCGACGUGGAGGAGAUUGGUGACGUGGAUGGGAGUGGUGACGUGGAUGGGAGUGGUGACGUGGAUGGGAGUGGUGACGUGGAAGGGGGUGGUGACGUGGAGGAGAGUGAUGACGUGGAGGAGAGUGAUGACGUGGAGGAGAGUGAUGACGUGGAGGAGAGUGGCGACGUGGAGGAGAUUGGUGACGUGGAUGUGAGUGGUGACGUGGAUGGGAGUGGUGACGUGGAUGGGGGUGGUGACGUGGAAGGGGGUGGUGACGUGGAAGGGAGUGGUGACGUGAAUGGGAGUGGUGACGUGGAAGAAGAUGGUGAUGUGGAGGAGAAUGAUGACGUGGAGGAGGGUGGUGACGAGGGGGGGAGUGGUGAUAUGGAGGAAGGUGGUGAUGUGGAGGGGAGUGAUGACGCGGAGGUAGAGUAUUGCGGCAUCCAGGGUGCGCACACUGGGGGAGUGGAGGCAAUGGGAGCGGAGGGUGAUGCCGUGGCGGGGGACGUAUGCGCGGAGGGUGAAACGGAGCAAAUGCGGGAAGAGGAGAGCGAGGGGGGGAAGAAGAGGGAUGAACACACGGCGGCGCUUGGUGAGGGAGAGGGCUGGCAAUGCGGCGCGAGGAAGCCCGAGGGUAGCCCAGGCGGUGGUGGCAGCAUUGCACCAGCACGUGCCUCGUCGUGCCCUCCAUGCGGCCUUGGACUGGCAUCGCCUGCGGAGAGGCGUCAGAUUGCUGGCAAGGGGAGCGAUGAGCAGGCAGGUGAGUUGCAACAGGCAGGCGAUGAGGUGGAGGCACGGACACGUGACAACACACACGAUGUGGCGGCUGACACUGUGGCGGAGGACGUGGCGGACGGUGCGGAGGAGAGCGAGGAGGGAGUGCGGUGCCAUGCACCCACGGCACCGCCCACGCAUCACGGCCUUGCUCUACCUGGGGCCUGCCCCUCCCACUCCCACCCUCCGGUGUCUGCCGCUCUCUGCACAACUCAAGGAAAACUUCCCGCUCCUCCUGUGGCCACCGGCAGCAGCGGCGGCAACGGCAGGCGCGUGGGGGCAGCUGCGGCGAGUGCAGCGGCGGCAGCAAUGAAGGCGGCGGCGGUGGCUGCUGCUGCCGCUGCUGCUGCCAAGUGCGCUGCCGCCCGCCUGUCGCGCGUGUCUGAUGCUCUGGCAUGGGACAGCCGGGGGGGGCAGGGCGGCGUGGUGAAGGCAAGGACGAGGGCGAAGGGGGAAAGCGAGGAGAGCGGAAGGGGUGAAGGGGGUGAGUGUAGCCAUGGCAGCAAGGAGCGCACGAGGCUGGUCAGCAAUGCUGGUGAGCAGGAGCGUGGGCGGAAAGAGAAGGAAGGCACGGGAGAUUGGGGAGGGGUAGGUAAGCGCAGUGGGACAGCGAAUGAAGGGUGCGGGGCAGCAGGCAGUAGUGAGGGCGUGGGGAUGCAAGAGUCGUUCCAAGCGCUGCUGCCUGACUUUGGCUGGCAGCCGCUCUCAUGGGCCAGUGCGGGUGAGGAGCAGGGGCGAGGCGCAUGCGCAGUGGGGGGCGAGGAUGUGGAGGAGGCAAAGCUUUGGGCGGCGUAUGAGGCGCAGUACAGGCAGCGGCGCAAGGGGCAGGAGGAGGCGCCAAUGGGCAAGGUGAGUAAGGUGGAGAAGGGACGGUCAGGUGGGGCUGAGGGUAGUGGGGACAGCGAGGCAGGGGAUGAGGGUGAGGGAGAGGGAGAGGGUGAGGAGGAGGACAUGGAGAUGGCGUUUCUCUUCCGCCAGCUGCGCUUCUACCACCAGGGCUCCUCCCAGCCCGCCUGCACUGCCCCAGUGCCAGCAGCUGUGAACCCGUCCAUGCCAGAGGAUGCUGGUUCUGGAGGCAAGGCAGAGGAGCAGAGCAGCAGCAGCAGCAGCAGUGUGGGUAGCGAGGGAGUGUGGCGGCCUGAGCUGCCUCUGAUUCUGGAGGUGCCAGAGUUAGAGGCGCUGUGCACGUCGCACGACACAUCGGAGAACGAGGCAGGGUGGAGCGAGCACGGCACUUGCUCCUCAUCAUCCGGUGACUCGUCGCCCCUUUGCCAUGGGUAUGCCUCCGGGCAGGGAGUGGCAGUCGAGGAGGGGCCGGCAGCAGGGAAGGCACAGUGGGUGAAGGCCACUGCUCAUUCAUGCUGUGCUGAUUAG